AUGAAUUCUAAAGAUGAUGACUGUUCUGUUGUUGUUAAGAAAGGGCGCUGGAGCAAUCUGGACGACCAAAGGUUACGAGAUUUGGUACAUCAGGAGCCCGAUGUAACAAGACCAAAAUGGGUGAGGAUUGCAAAAGAAUUCAAAUUUCGAAGUGGAAAGCAAUGUCGUGAACGUUGGGAAAAUCACCUAAAACGAGGGAUAAAGAAACGCAAGUUUAAUCACGAGGAGUCCCAAUUUAUCCUUCAGGAAGUAGAAAAGGUUUAUCCUGAAACUCCAAGAUGGGCCAAUAUUGCAAAAAAAUUAAUUUCCGCGACCCCUCUGAUGGUCCGGAAUCACGUGAAUAAUUACCUGAAAAGAGUAGACACGCUGAGUUCUACGAGAAAUAGAGGACCUGUUGCUGCAG